CCAUCCUCGACUCUGCCCUUUACCAUCAUCGCCUGCACCAUUAUGGCUCCGAAAACCCUCACAAGUCUCCCGUCUGAGAUUCGUCAGCAAAUCUUCAAAGAGUGUCUCAAGGUAGAUGGCGGCUAUGUUUACAAUGUUCAAACUGACAAACUGACAAAUGCUGAUAAAGCCCAUACCGCGAUUGAUCUCUCCCUUCGGUAUACCUGUCGCUCUAUUGCCAAUGAUACGAGAAUAAUCCCACUAGCCGUCAACACUAUCCACUUCUCAACCGUCUUCCGUCAAGACUGGUGCAGCUUGGCCGGCUGCUUUAAUCUGGCUGCUGCCACCUACUACGUGCUGGAGCAAGACUUCGUGCUCCAUCUUGCUGAAUUCAUCACUCCUGAGAUGAUCGCCGAGGUUGAGUCAAUGUGUCCGAGAUUUGAGGCAUUGCUUGAAAUCGAGCUGGCCAGGCACCAGAUGUGGAUGGAUGAGAACACCGAACGUGAAAUCUUUUUCGAGGGUGAUAAUUUGCGGCCUAGCCUAUGUAGCAUGGUACGGCAAUUCCUGAAAAAGGUUGAUUUGAUCGAGGCCUACGGCCUGAAAUCUUUCUCUUGCCCUUUUCGCUCCAUUGAGAAUGCAAUCGAAGCAGAUCCUUCAUGGGGCGAAUGGAACCGACCUUGGGACAAAGAUUGCGGCGAGGUUCGAGUUGCGUUAUCUCAUUGUCUGCAACUUAUCGCCAACGAACAUCCUAACGAGUUUGCGAAUUGCGUGUACGCGUCACUCCCCCAAUGGGUUGGAAAGUAUUCAGCACAAGACUUUCUCAAGAUCAGAUUCAACCUCUGGGACAUCCCUUCACAAGAGGAAGUAACCAAAACACUAGCCUUGCUCGACAUUGCGGACUUUGUUUGGGAGCUCGCCGAUAUGUGGCACUAUGCACCUAGGGGUUUCUACGAAAAUAUCGACACAAGCAUCUCCCAAGGCAGGCUUGCUCCAGAGUUCGAUAAGCCAGAUAGCCUAUUGGAACAAUUCGACAUUCGGUGUCGAGAGAAGCUGAGAUUCUCCGCUACCGCUGCUGCUAUCCGAUUCCUCAAGCGACUUGGUAUCAACACCCGGACCCAGGUUCGAAGGCUUGCAUUGCACGAGGAUUUACCGUCAGUAAAUGUACCCUCGCUCCACGCCAAGGGAUUAGUUCCCUUGUUCAAAGAGAACCUUCUACUGCGAGUCGAACGUCGCGUCAAUGUCUUCGGUUGCCUGGCAAGCCAGUGUCCUCAACCCCGAUUGGCUGCUAUUCACAUAAACAAGGUUGAUGUGCACCGAGAGAUUGUGAACUGGGACUUUGACAGCGAUAUAUGCUCCUGGCUUCUCGAUGCUCUCGCUGUGGCAGACUCGGGCCUCCCUACCAAGUGCUUCACUUUCUUUCUUGAGGCUGGGUCCUACGGCGAGUAUUGUGAAGAUAUUUUUCAGAGGGCCAUCCAUACAGACAUUGCCAGCUCAAAAGCUUGGAAUAUCUGCUUGGAAACAGGACUCUUGGCAUCUCUGAGACCAACAAGUCUCGAGGAGAGAACGGCCAAAUAUGCAAUGGAUCCAAGGUUCGGGCAGGUUAUCGAGCACUUGGUAAAUCAGACAUCGAUUUUCCGCUGCGACUUCAAUCCCGGUGUGCCAUUGGAUGUAGAUACAUUGGUUGAGGAUGCCAAGGUGCGUCAUGGGGAACGUAUUUCUGAUAAAUGGGUCAGCGGAUGGGGUGACGUCUCUUUUCCUAUACCACAUGAUAUAUAUCAUGAUGUAAUGGUGGCUCCCAACUUCGAGUUUCAGACGCGGCAAGAGUAUAUUCAGUCACGGGGAGGAAAUAUUAAGACGGAUAACUCAUAAAGGAUUUGCCUAGAUAGAUCAGGAUAUACAUGUGGUUGGAAACAAAUGGAUGUAGGUCUUUGGGGUAUUGGGGAUCAAAAUGGCUACAGUUGAACCCAGUUGAAGGCAAGUAUUAGAGGUGAAAAUAUAUGCUACAUACUUAAGCCUUGUGUUAAAUUCUUCUACAUUUUGAAGUUAAAAGCUGUUCCACAUUGUAGUACUCCAGAGUAUAGUAGAGUAUUUAUAAUCUAUAUUAAUCCUAUAGGCCCAAAAUAAAAUAUAACUAGGCAGAGUUAGUAUUAGUAAUAAAUAGAGAGUAAUAUAGCUCGAAAGGG